CAAUCUAUACUAUUUGUUUCUAUAAUAGGAAUAUUUGCUCCUACGUUGUUCAGUAAUAUAUAUGGAGAUCUUGAAUGUGGUAGAUGUGAAUUAAAGAAUAAUACUGGUUACCCUGGAAACAGUACGUCUAAUUACACACAGGGUUUUAUUUGUGAAGAUUGUCGACAAGUUACAAGUGGUAUCGAUGGUGAUGAUACAUUAUAUAAGAAACAUUUAGAGCCGUUAAUUUAUGCGUGUGCAAUUGUCUUACCACUGUCCUAUAUAGUUGGUCUGGUCUUCACGUUAAAAACACAUUCAGCUCAUAUCUACGAUGCUUUUAACGAACAGCUUAAAAUGAGCUCUACAGCACAUGAAGAUGCUGCUCAGUGGUCGAGACUAAAGAGUACGUUAAUAUUAUUGUUCUGUGCUGUGUUGAUUGCGCUGUGUGCUGAUCUGGUAACAAAUAAUCUGCAACCACUGUUAGAGAGUACGGGAGUAUCCGAGUAUUUUGUUGGCGUGACGAUGCUAGCUUUGGUACCAGAAUUACCUGAAGUUGUCAAUGGUGUUCAAUUUGCGCUCCAGAAUAACGUCAAUUUAGGUAUAGAGAUUGGAGGAUCGACGGCCAUACAAGUGUGUUUAGUUCAAGUUCCAUUAUUAGUUUUAAUAAAUCUCAUUUAUCCAUUGAAUUUCAAGUUAAUAUUUAACGAUGUCCAUAUGUAUUCUGUUAUAUUCUCGGUGGUUGUUAUUAAUUAUAUAUUUCAAGAUGGAAAGAGUGAUUACUUUCAAGGUUUUAUUGUGUUGUUAAUUUAUCUGGUUAUACUAUCCAUGUAUUACUUCACUCUUACACCAGAUGGUGUUAAAUGUUGAUACACCAGAUGGUGUUAAUGUUCAUACACCCGAUGGUGUUAAAGUAGCUAAGUCUUUAACUCAGUAUCAUGCACAGUCUUCCACAUUGAAAAUAUGAAUUAUUUGUCAAUUUAAAUCAACUUUGAUGUUGUGAUCUACAGGUGAAAUUAUGGACUUCUGAUAUCUAAUAUUUAAGACAAAAUGAACAUUUUAACAUUGGUACACGAAUCGUGUACCAGAAUGCGUUUCAGCGCCAUUUGUAACAAGGGACUCGAAGAACGAGGCUCGACAUAUUCCACAAGUCAUGUCAAACGAUGACGCCAUAUUCUUAUCUGAAGAGCAUGUGCAACAAAUACUACCAGUGUAGACUGGAAUAACCAGACGCUCGAGAUUGCCAUUUGAUUGACACUUCCCGUGUAUUUCGUGGAAUAUAACUGAUUUGACACCCGGUGGUGUUAGUUGUUGAUAUACAUCCGAUAGUGUUUAUUGUUAAUGCAAUGUAUGGAAUCUGUUUAUAUCAUAACCUAAUUGGUCAAACGAGUGAUAAUGUUGCCUACUGGGUAAAAUACCGGUAUUAAAAAAACAAUUUGUAACAUCACAUGACAGAGUUAUAAUGAGAAAUGUAUAGAUCAAAUUAAAUGUCAAUUAAAAUAUUUAUAAUGGAUAA